CUCUCCCGCGUAGAUAGCCACGCGAUACACCACUCGUUCCUCGCCGUGCCGCGGCCAUGGACGCCGCCGUCUCCCUCCCCCUCCCCGCCUCCUCGCACCACCGCCCCCUCCACCAUCUCAAGCCCUCCUCCUCGGCCAAGCAAUACCAGCAGCAGCAGCAACCACGCGCGCGCAUAGCCGUCGUCGCGUCAGCCGCGCGGCCCAGCACCACCACCAGAAGAAGCAGCGGCGCGGCGUCGGCAGCGGCGGCGGCGCCCCACGUACUGCAGAGGCAGGAGCGGCAGCGGUUGGUCUCCUCCUCCAGCCGCGCGGCGACGGGAUACGCGGCGGCGCUGGCCGACGCGUCCCUCCGCGCCGGCACGCUGCCCAGGGCCGCCCGCCACGCGCGCGCUCUGCUCGUCCCGGGCGACGGCGCCGCCGUCGUCGUUGCGGAUGAGGACGCGCGGGUGGUCGCGCUGGUGAGGAUGCUCGUGGGCAAGGGCAAGGCCGCCAUGGUCGCCGACGUCAUGGCCGAGUUCGCCGCCAUCUGCGACCGCCUCCUCCUCCCCGCUCGCGCCCAUGCCGCCGCCACCACCUCCUACUAGAUUGCAUCACUCUCCGCCUCUGCUACUGCAGAUUUUUCUUAAUUUCAUCCGGUUAAACCUCGUAUGUUCAGAAUUCACAUUCUGAGUCAAAUCUCAGCUAUUAAUUAUAUCUCUGCUUGUUUCAAACAAUUCUGAGCAUACAUAUUAAUUUAUUUACACUGUAAUUCCUAAAUCCUGACACGAUGCAUGAUCGAUGAGCUUUGAUUUCUGGUGUGAUCGAGUCAUGUUGCCCGAAAAGUCAUUUCUUCAGUUUCUUCUGAUGCUGCAAAGCAAAACUACUGCCAACCUCUAAAUAAAUAUUCAGGAUCCUUAUCUUAUUAUUAACUACUGUAUAAUAUGCAAGAAUAGUAUACCUCAGUCCAAAAAUGUAAGCAUUUCUAGAGGUGAGCAUAAGUAUUAAGAAAUGAUUAGAGGAAAGUUGC